CACCUACAGUCCACAAAGCAGCCCAUCGUCAUACCAGCUUGCUAACUCGCUAGAGCUGCUUCCGUCCUUCUCAGUCCUCCAAUCUCCAAAUCCUUCUCAGCUGCAUACAACAAUGGCAACCCUAACCUCCCUAUCUGGCACCAUGGUUAGCACCUCGUUUGUCCGGAAGCCCACAACGAGCAUCCGCGCGCUCCCUAACGUGGGUCAGGCUCUAUUCGGAGUUAAGGCCGGACGUGGCCGGAUAACAGCCAUGGCCAUACACAAGGUGAAGCUGAUCACUCCUGAAGGCGAAAAAGUGUUCGAGUGCCCCGACGAUGUUUACAUCCUUGAUCAGGCUGAAGAGGUUGGCAUCGAACUACCCUAUUCAUGCCGUGCCGGAUCUUGCUCUUCUUGUGCCGGCAAGGUCGUCAGUGGGCCAAUUGAUCAAUCAGAUCAAAGCUUCCUGGAUGAUGACCAGAUCGAUGCUGGAUGGGUCCUCACCUGUAUCGCCUACCCACAAGGAGAUGUUGUUAUAGAGACCCACAAGGAGGAGGAGCUCACUGCUUAAUGAUCGAUCAGGUGGGCUGAGAUGGGAGCUUUCAAGGGUGGAUAGACUAUCUGAGUUUCGUUUUAGCUAAAGUUUCUUUUUCUUGCUUAGUUGGUUAUUAUGGAUGUAAUUUGUGGCUUCCAAUCUGCUUGUUUUGAAGUUUCCUUCCUCUACAAAAUUGGAUUGUAACGGUGGAAUUCAGAAACUUGCUAAUUGGGCCUCCAGUUUUCUUCCCAAUUCCAUUUCUAUCAUCAUCCUUACACAGCAUUGAGGAAUUAGUGUGUUUGGAUUUUGAUGUUUCCUAUGUACUGCUAUUUAUAAAGCUAACUUUGCUGUUAGUGUUC